AUGAUCACGUUCAGUCGUCAUUUCUCCCGUUCUGCGCUGUGUGGAAAGCAGAUUCGAAUUUCUCACAAAAAUAUUGAUGUCGUCAAAAAAAUCGGAGAUCGAGAAUACGACGUCAUCUGGAAAACUAUUAAUUUGAAUAGUUCUGACAUCAAGAAAACAGAUCUAAAAAAGUUUAAGGAAGAUUUCGGAGAAGAUUUCCAUCAGACAUUGACUUUUGUGAAGAAUACAGAUCGUUUGAUUGCAAAGAACUCUCAUAUUGUCUAUCGCCCAUUGAACAAGAACCAAGGACAGGAGAAUCUCGUUUUCAGAGGGAAAUUAUGGAUUUCUCCAGAUGUUCAUGGAAAAGAAAUUAUGGAUGUAAUGACACGUCAGUCAUAUGAUGUUGGAUUUUCAAUUGGGAAUAAUUCGAUGGGUUUGGCAACAAAUAAGACGAUUCCACACUACAAAGAUACGAUGGGCGGUUCGACUGAUUUCGUUCAAAAAUAUUAUGUUUCUCAUUAUGAUUUUGGAGAUUUGUGCAUUCCAAAGAAUCUGAAUUCUGAUGGAAUUAUUAUCAAGAAUGCUCGCGAUGUUCCGGAUCAAGAUAUUUUAAAUUAUGAUGCUAAAAUCUUCAAUUACGAUCGUUCAAAGUAUGUUCUAGGGCAAUUAAGAGAGGACUUCGGUCGUGUUGCUUACAAUGAGAACGGUGACGUCAUCGGUUUCGGAGCAAUUUCCACGUAUCCAUCUGGAGAAUGUGCUAUUAUUCCGAUGUAUGCAAAUGAAACGAGAAUUGCGCGAACUAUUCUGAAAGAUAUUCUAGAGGAAAUUACAUUGGAUUCUGAAAAGUAUUGGAGACUCAAAUUGUAUUCACAUGAUCAUUUUCCGGAGAGUUAUGGAUGGAUUCGUCCUUUCGUGAAAACAAUGACUCAUCGCACUGAAGUUUAUUCAUUGAUUAGUGAUCAUAAGGAGCAGGGAAUGGACUUUUCGAAAGUUUUCAGUACAUUCCAUCCUUCGAAUUGUCCAAUAUGA